CCCCGGCGGGGCGCGGGGCGCAGGACAGGGCACCCAAGCCUGGUAGCGCGGCCGCAGCGGGCGGGAGCUUGCUCGCCACGACCGGGACACGCGCAGAGUCCGCGGCGGCGGCCGGAGAGGGGCACCGCGCCGGGCAAGCCGAGCAAAGGACCCACCACGGGCCCCUGCUGAUGAUGAACAAGAUGAAGAACUUCAAAAGAAGACUUUCCCUAUCCGUGCCCCGCCCAGAGACCAUUGAGGAGUCAUUGGCUGAGUUCACGGAGCAGUUCAACCAGCUCCACACCCAGAGGAAAGAGGAUGGCGGGGAUGAGCCUGGGCAGCUGUCCCCUGGCAUGCAGUAUCAACAACGGCAGAGCCAGCGCCGCUUCUCCAUGGAGGACCUCAACAAGAGGCUCUCUCUGCCCAUGGAUAUCCGCCUACCCCAGGAAUUCCUGCAGAAGCUACAGCUGGAGAGCCCAGGGCUGCCCAAGCCGCUCACCCGCAUGUCCCGCCGUGCCUCUCUGUCAGAUAUCGGCUUUGGGAAACUGGAAACGUAUGUGAAACUGGACAAGCUGGGGGAGGGUACCUAUGCCACCGUCUUCAAGGGGCGCAGCAAGCUGACAGAGAACCUUGUGGCCCUGAAGGAGAUCCGGCUGGAACACGAGGAGGGGGCGCCCUGCACUGCUAUCCGAGAGGUGUCUCUGCUGAAGGACCUGAAACACGCCAAUAUUGUGACCCUGCAUGACCUCAUUCACACAGACCGGUCCCUCACCCUGGUGUUUGAAUACCUGGACAGUGACCUGAAACAGUAUCUGGACCACUGUGGAAACCUCAUGAACACGUACAAUGUCAAGAUCUUCAUGUUCCAGUUGCUCCGGGGCCUGGCCUACUGCCACCGCCGCAAGAUCCUGCACCGGGACCUAAAGCCUCAGAACCUGCUCAUCAAUGAGAGGGGCGAGCUGAAGCUGGCCGACUUUGGCCUGGCCAGGGCCAAAUCAGUGCCUACAAAGACCUAUUCCAAUGAGGUGGUGACCCUCUGGUACAGGCCCCCAGAUGUGCUGCUGGGAUCCACGGAGUACUCCACUCCCAUUGACAUGUGGGGCGUAGGCUGCAUCCUCUAUGAGAUGGCCACCGGGAAGCCCCUCUUCCCAGGCUCAACUGUCAAGGAGGAGUUGCACCUCAUCUUCCGGCUCUUGGGGACUCCUACAGAAGAGACGUGGCCGGGUGUGACGUCCAUCUCCGAGUUUCGAGCCUACAACUUCCCCCGGUACCUGCCACAGCCGCUGCUCAGCCACGCUCCCAGGUUGGAUACUGAAGGCAUCAACCUCCUGACCAGCCUUCUCCUGUACGAAUCCAAGCGUCGCAUGUCAGCAGAGGCAGCCCUCAAUCACCCCUACUUCCAGUCUCUGGGAGAACGCGUACACCAGCUGGAUGACACCGCCUCCAUCUUCUCCCUGAAGGAGAUUCAGCUCCAAAAGGACCCAGGCUACCGCGGCCUGGCCUUCCAGCACCCAGGGCGAGGGAAGAGCCGGAGGCAGAGCCUCUUCUGAGCCCCGCCCACCCUGCUGCAGCCCUAGGGCUGAGAGGCCACGUGGAACAUGAAUUCAGGAAGUAUGGGGCCUGUGUGGCCAUCAGAGGGCUGAACAAUGAACGCCUGUGGCUGGUCUGGAGGACCACUUGGCAGCCCUGUUGGUAGCAGUCGCUUCCUUUCCUUGCUUACCACACACACCUCUGUGAGGGCCUCUCCCCAGGACACCAUCCCGUUUGUC